UCGACGAUUUCAACGAGCCAGUUAAAGUCCAGCAAUAAUGGCGACGUCUAGAGCCGUACGAGUUAGAUUGCCUCCCUUACCAAGUAUUAAAGAUAUUAUCAGACUGUACAAACUACGCGCCCUCAAGGAACUCUCGCAGAAUUUUCUCAUGGAACCACGUUUAAUCGAUAAAAUUGUGCGUGCCGCUGGCAGUAUAGAAAACAAUGUUGUUUGUGAAGUAGGGCCCGGUCCAGGUGGCAUUACAAGGUCGAUCAUACAACAAGCACCACGGAAAGUUAUUUUAAUAGAGAAAGACCCCCGGUUUAUACCCACUUUGGAGCUUUUAGCAGAUGCUUGUAAAGGCUCAGUCGAUGUUGAUAUCAUAACAGGCGAUAUCCUAAAAACUGAUGUAUCACACUUCAUCCCCAAAGAUGUUAAACGCGAAUGGACUGAUCCCCCGCCUCCAAUUAACUUAAUUGGAAAUUUACCUUUUAGUGUAUCAACAAUACUGAUUAUAAGAUGGCUUGAGAUGAUUUCUAAAAAAGAAGGUGCAUGGGCUUUUGGACGUACUAGAAUGACAUUGACUUUCCAAAAAGAAGUAGCAGAGAGAAUGGCGGCCAGUAUAUCAGACAAGCAACGAUGCAGACUAUCCGUCAUGUGUCAGAAUUGGUGUAACGUUAACUAUAAGUUCAAUAUACCUGGACAUGCCUUUCUUCCAAAACCAGAAGUAGAUGUUGGGGUUGUUACACUCACCCCUCUUAAACAGCCUAUAAUAAAUCUGCCUUUUAAAAUGGUUGAAAAGGUAGCUCGCCAAAUAUUUUCUAUGAGACAGAAGUAUUCUAUACGAGGUUGCCAGACUUUAUUCCCUGAAGAAGUUAGAGAAGAAAUGGCCCUUAGAAUGUACAAGAUGGCAGAAAUAGACCCAGUCACAAGACCUUUCCAAAUAGCCAAUGGAGAAUUCAAUCGCUUAUGUGAAGCCUAUAAUGAAAUAAUAAAAAAAUAUCCAGAACUAGAAAACUAUGAUUUUAGAGCACCUAAGAAAAAAAUUGAUGUCACGGUAGAGGCAAAAGUUUAAUUUUAUGUUGUAUAUAGCUUUAGUAGUUGAAUAAAACUAAUUGUUUAUUU